AUGCGCGCAUUCGCGGCCUCAGCCCUCUUACUAUCCACAUGGAUAUCCUCCAGCUCCGCGUUCCCCCUCACCUCCCGCGGUGUUGCCAUCCCUCCUCCCCCCAGCGAUCCCACACCACCCUCCAGCGGCGACGGCAGUGGCGAAUGGAACUCGGAAGACGCUGGCCCCAGUGACUACCUGGCCAAGACGAAGUUUUACGCCAUCGCCAAAACGGCAGGCACACUGGGUCUGGACAAUGCCAAAACCAACAUGGAGCAUUACCUCGGCAACUCGGGAGACGACCAGAGCGUGUCCGUCGAGGAGAUGUUGAAGGACCUUUCAGGCUUCCAGGACGCAGUGCAGACACUCAUCCAGAAUGAGGCCACGGACGCAUAUAACUCCGUCUCGGCCACAAACGGCUCAACGACCUUUGUCAGCGGCUGGGAGAACUAUUAUGCCACCAAGGACGAGAGCUGGGACUGGUUCUUUGCUAUCGGCGGAUACUCAUACAGCGUGACUGGUGCGCUCGCCAAGCUGGGAUCGAAGACCUCGCUCAAGUAUCAGGUUCAUGUCUUUGACCGGUACAACUGGGAUUCGGGCAAGUCGACAAAUAUCGGCCCGUUCACGUUCGAGGACCGUGAGUUGGGAGAACUCCAUACGAAGGGGCUGGCCAAGGAGUACAUCGUUCGGGGGUCUAGCUCCACCAUCACAGUGUCGGAUUUCAAGCCCGGAUCAACCGUUCCGCUCCCUGGCGAUGAUGGUGGAAGGGGAAGGAACUAA